GUGUGUGAAUGUGUGUCCUCUGCGGCAAGGACGGAAGUGCACUUCAGGUCACCUGGAAGUUAUUGCCUGGACACUAUGGCGGCCAGUAACGUGGAGAGGGGAGCCGGCAGCUCGGGUGGAGGUAGCCGGGGAUGGAUUCGUGGAAUGUGUCACUUUAUCACCGAUAAAAAUGACUUUCGCCGGAAUCUCCUUGUGAACCUCGGCCUGUUUGCUGCUGGAGUGUGGGUGGCUAGAAACAUGGCCGACAUUGACCUGAUGGCUCCACAGCCGGGCGUGUAGAGGACCAGCAAUGGCAGGUGUUGCAUCCCAAUUGCAAUUUCAUGAUACCCCAAUUUGCAGUUCCAUGGCUACUUUUGUGUAUGGGCUGGCAAUGGUGAGAUGGACUGGUUGUUGUGGUACUGACAGAAGUGGAACAU